AACACCUUCUUUAACCCCUCUCUUUUUCUCCUUCCUUUUCUCUGCUCUUUGCCAAUAACCAAAGGCUCUCUUUUUUCUUGGUCUCUUAUUCUGUCAAGUUUUAGUUUUUGGUUUCAAGAUUUUCUUGAAAUCUCCACCCAAAAUCUCUGAAAAAAUACCAAGAAAGUGCCUUUUUGUUCAUUUUCUUCUGUUGUUAUCAGGCUGGGCCUCAACAGGAGAAAUCUAGCCUUGAUAUAUAUAUUUACUAAGAAUUAAUUAUCACUGGUUUUAUUAUUUUAGCUAAUCUUAAUGCUACCCCUAGUAUUUCUAAUCUUUGAAAUUCAUGUCUGCAAUUCUCAGUGAACUGUUUCUUUCGGGGUUUAUGAUAAAUUCCACAUAUAGGCGCAGGGCCCAUUUGGUGCAAUCUUUCUCAGUUGUUUUCCUCUACUGGUUUUACUACAUUUCAUGAUUUUCCUCCUCUCCCCCUAAAUAAGUAUUAACC